AUGGCCGCCAGCACUCGCGGCGCACAUUGGAGAGCGCGAGUCUGGACCGCGCUCUGCCUGCUGUCCUGGAUCACCUGCGGCCUCGGGCAGAAUACCGCAACAUACUCCGCCCUCGCUCCCUCCGCACCCGCCUUCUCCUCCGGCGCUUUCCUCUCCCCGCUAGGCACCACCGACGUCUUCCAAGAGGGCGCGUACCUCAACAUCACGUGGAAUGCCACCAAGUUCGAUUCCUACAACCUCUACCUGAUCCGCGGCAAGGCGUACAACGAGCCCAUCGAUCUUGAAUUGAAUUACUACAAGCCGUGGUAUUAUUGGCAAAUCAACGGCGCCGGCGACCUGAGCAAGCCAUUUAGCUUCCGCAUCGUCAAUGCCGCAGGCACCACGGAAGACAAGCAGGUCGGCGGAUUUGAGAGCGAACCCUUCUGGAUCACACCCGCGCCUGGCACCACCGGUACUCAGACCUCGUCGACAUCCGUCCUCCAUACCACCACCAUCGCGAACGCCGUCGCUCCCUCUUCCAAAACAACAGGCAAGAGAUAUACCCACGCCGCAACGGCAUUGAAUACAAGCCAAAAUACAUCCGGCCUUUCGACAGGUGCCGAAGUGGGCAUCGGGGUCGGCGUUGGAGUGGCGGGAACCGCCCUGAUCCUGCUCGGCGCCUUCUUCCUGUGGCGACGGAGUCGGCAAAAGAAGAAGAGGAAGCAAGCGGUGCCGCCAGGUACUCCCAUGGCAUCAUAUCAACAUCCCAAUGGGUACACAGACGAUCCAGCGCGGCCCUGGCCAGCGGCUGCGGCGCAGUCACCACCAACUUCCGUGCACGAAGUGUCUGGCACGAGAGACCCGGUGGAGAUGCCCAUAACGGAGCGGCACGAGCUGCCAGGAGACCCGCGGCACUCGCGCCACUCGAACGCGUCACUACCGCUGUCGGCAUCUGCGGCGUCGAUGUGGUCAUGGGAUGAAAGGCGUUCUUUGGAUUCUCAAUGA